AUGAAUCUCAACUUCACCUCCCCUCUCCACCCGGCAUCUUCUCAGAGGCCCACAUCGUUCUUCAUAGAGGACAUUCUGCUACACAAGCCCAAGCCGCUGAGGGAGGUGGCCCCUGACCAUUUUGCUAGCUCUCUGGCCUCUAGGGUGCCUUUGCUAGACUAUGGCUACCCCCUUAUGCCCACACCCACCCUCCUCACCCCUCAUGCCCAUCACCCUCUGCAUAAGGGGGACCACCAUCAUCCUUAUUUCCUGACCACCUCGGGGAUGCCGGUCCCGGCGCUGUUCCCGCACCCGCAGCACGCCGAGCUGCCGGGGAAGCAUUGCCGGCGCCGCAAAGCUCGCACCGUGUUUUCUGACUCGCAGCUCUCUGGCCUGGAGAAGAGGUUCGAAAUCCAGCGCUACCUGUCCACACCAGAGCGCGUGGAGCUGGCCACAGCCCUCAGCCUCUCCGAGACUCAGGUGAAAACGUGGUUCCAGAACCGGCGGAUGAAGCAUAAAAAGCAGCUGAGGAAAACUCAAGACGAACCCAAAGCCGCAGACGGGCCCGAGAGCCCAGAGGGCAGCCCCCGGGCCCCAGAGGCCGCGGUGGCCGACGCUCGGCUGAGUCUGCCCGCCGGCGCCUUCGUGCUUACGGAGCCGGAGGAUGAGGUGGACAUUGGGGACGAAGGCGAGCUCAGCUCCGGGCCGCACGUGCUCUGA